AUGGCGAGCCACGUCGACCCGCUGGUGGUGGGGAGAGUCAUCGGCGACGUUGUGGACAUGUUCAUGCCCACCGUCAACAUGUCCGUCUGCUACGGCGCGAAGCACGUCAACAACGGCUGCGACGUGAAGCCCUCCGCCGCCGGGAAUCCUCCGACGAUCAACAUCUCCGGCCGGACCGGCGACCUGUACACGCUGGUUCGUUCCCCUCCGCCGCCGGCGACGACGACGACUCCCCCACCCCCCGUCGGAAACCUCCGACUGACCUCAUCUCUCUCUCUCUCUAUCUGUGGACGCAGGUGAUGACGGACCCGGACGCACCGAGCCCCAGCGAUCCUACCAUGAGGGAGUGGGUUCACUGGUAAAUCCUCCUCCUCCUCCUCCUCCUCCUCCUCCGUCUUCUUCCUCCUCUCCUCCUUCGUCUUCCCCGCCGCCCUGGUUCUUCUUCUAUGUAUACUUGCCGGUUUGCCUCUGCUUUUUUUUUUUCAGGAUCGUGGUGGACAUCCCGGGAGGAACAGACCCAUCGCAAGGUGAGAAAACCCUAAAUCCUGCAAACCCUUUUGUCUCACAGUCUUGAGGUUGGUUUCGCUUGCCCGGCAGGGAGGGAGCUGCUGCAGUACAUGGGGCCACGGCCGCCGGUGGGAAUCCACCGCUACGUCUUCGCACUGUUCCGGCAGCGGGGAGCCUUUCCGCCGAUUCCCCCCCCGACGCCGCGCUCCAACUUCUGUACCCGCGACUUCGCCGCCCAGUUUGACCUCGCCCUCCCCGUCGCGGGAGUCUACUACAACGCCCAGAAGGAGCCGGCCAGCCGCCGCCGUUGA